CCCGCAGCGGGCCUCGCACCCCGAAUCCCUGUGCCUCAUUGGGGGGGUCCCCCCCGCUGGCCGGGCAUGUUGCCCCCCCGUAAGGAGCCCUUUCCUCGCUCCCCCCGGCGCCCGCGCGGAGCAUGAACUUUGAGGAUGGCGCGCGCCCGCGGCUCCCCGCACCCCCCGCUGACGCCCGGUAGGAUGUCCUGGCCCCACGGGGCCCUGCUCUUCCUCUGGCUCUUCUCCCCGCCCCUGGGGGCCGGUGGGGGCGGCGUGGCCGCGACGUCGGCCGCCGGAGGGGGCUCCCCGCCGGCCACCUCCUGCCCCGCAGCCUGCUCGUGCAGCAACCAGGCCAGCCGGGUGAUUUGCACGCGGAGAGAGCUGGCCGAGGUGCCGGCCAGCAUCCCGGUCAACACGCGCUACCUGAACCUGCAGGAGAACGGCAUCCAGGUGAUCCGGACAGACACAUUCAAACACCUUCGGCACCUAGAAAUCCUGCAGCUGAGCAAGAACCUGGUUCGUAAGAUAGAGGUGGGUGCCUUCAACGGGCUGCCAAGCCUCAACACACUGGAGCUGUUCGACAACAAGCUGACGACGGUGCCCACGCAGGCCUUCGAGUACCUGUCCAAGCUUCGCGAGCUCUGGCUGCGCAACAACCCCAUCGAGAGCAUCCCCUCGUACGCCUUCAACCGCGUGCCCUCGCUGCGGCGCCUCGACCUGGGUGAGCUGAAGCGGUUGGAGUACAUCUCGGAGGCGGCCUUCGAGGGCCUGGUCAACCUGCGCUACCUCAACCUGGGCAUGUGCAACCUCAAGGACAUCCCCAACCUGACAGCCCUGGUGCGCCUAGAGGAGCUCGAGCUGUCUGGCAACCGGCUGGACCUGAUCCGCCCAGGGUCCUUCCAGGGCCUCACCAGCCUUCGAAAGCUGUGGCUGAUGCACGCCCAGGUGGCCACCAUCGAGCGCAAUGCCUUCGAUGACCUCAAGUCGCUGGAGGAGCUCAACCUGUCGCACAACAACCUGAUGUCGCUGCCCCACGACCUCUUCACACCCCUGCACCGCCUUGAGCGCGUGCACCUCAACCACAACCCCUGGCACUGUAACUGCGACGUGCUCUGGCUGAGCUGGUGGCUCAAGGAGACUGUGCCCAGCAACACUACGUGCUGCGCGCGCUGCCACGCGCCCGCCGGCCUCAAGGGGCGCUACAUCGGCGAACUGGACCAGUCGCACUUCACGUGCUACGCACCGGUCAUCGUGGAGCCGCCCACGGACCUGAACGUGACCGAGGGCAUGGCGGCCGAGCUCAAGUGCCGCACGGGCACCUCUAUGACCUCCGUCAACUGGCUGACGCCCAACGGCACGCUCAUGACGCACGGCUCAUACCGCGUGCGCAUCUCGGUGCUGCACGACGGCACGCUCAACUUCACCAACGUCACCGUGCAGGACACAGGCCAGUACACGUGCAUGGUGACGAACUCAGCCGGCAACACCACUGCCUCGGCCACGCUCAAUGUCUCGGCCGUGGACCCCGUGGCGGCGGGCGGCGGCGCGGGGGGAGGCCCCGGGGGCGGCGGCGGCUACACCUACUUCACCACGGUCACCGUGGAGACCCUGGAGACGCAGCCCGGCGAGGAGUCGCUGCAGCCGCGCGGAACGGAGAAGGAGCCGCCGGGGCCCACAACCGACGGCGCGUGGGGCGGGGGCCGGCCUGGGGACGCAGGGGGCGGUGCCGCCUCGUCCACCACGGCGCCUGCGCCGCGCUCCUCGCGGCCCACGGAGAAGGCGUUCACGGUGCCCAUCACGGACGUGACGGAAAACGCCCUCAAGGACCUGGACGACGUCAUGAAGACCACCAAGAUCAUCAUCGGCUGCUUCGUGGCCAUCACCUUCAUGGCCGCCGUGAUGCUCGUGGCCUUCUACAAGCUGCGCAAGCAGCACCAGCUCCACAAGCACCACGGUCCCACGCGCACCGUGGAGAUCAUCAACGUGGAGGACGAGCUGCCGGCCGCCUCGGCCGUGUCAGUGGCCACCGCCGCCGCUGUGGCGGGCGGGGGCGGUGUGGGCGGGGACAGUCACCUGGCCUUGCCCGCCCUGGAGCGCGACCACCUCAACCACCACCACUACGUGGCGGCCGCCUUCAAGGCGCACUACAGCAGCAACCCCGGGGGCGGGGGCUGCGGGGGAAAGGGGCCGCCGGGCCUCAACUCCAUCCACGAACCUUUGCUGUUCAAGAGCGGCUCCAAGGAGAACGUGCAAGAGACGCAGAUCUGAAGCCGGGCGCGAGGGGCCUUGCGCCCAGCCACGGGGGACGGGCCAGACUCUGGACCCCUUCCAUGUCCCCCAACCGCCCUCCCGGACCCGUGGGGGAGGUGGGGAAAGGCGGGCUGUGAGCCCCAGCUGCUCCUGGACUCCACCUAGCGGCCGGGCGGCGAGGACAGGGCCGCCUCCAGGAAUGGGUUCUCCGUGGGCCUUCUAGCCGCGCGUCCCCGGUGACUGAGGAUUCAGGAGAAGGGCCAGAACCCUGGGUUUUUUCUCCUUGCUCUCCCCACCACCCUGCCCGGCCCUCCGCCUUCUUCCAGGGGAGAGAGGAGCUUUUGGGGGGGUGUCCUAUCCCCUCGCCCCCCCAACCACCCUCCUUUUACGGUUCAUUUUUUUGCAGUUUGACGCCUGUCCCUCCCCCCCCCACCCCCCGCCCUGGAAACUGAAGAGACAGAACGCGUCGUCCGAGCCUCCCCAACACCCUGAUCCCCGUCCCCCAGCGCUAAGCUCCACUCCGGCCCUGCCCCCCUUGGCUGGGGGGGGCAGCCCCACCCCGUCCCCCUCCCCCCUGCCCUAAGCCGCCCCACAGACUCUUUUGAUACUGAAGGGAGGUUUGCGUCAACGACUACCUGCUCUGUAAUUACUUUAAAAAAAAAAUGGAAAAAGUAAAAAAUAUAUAUUUUUUUGGGUUAUGAAA